AUGGCUAAAACUUUAACUACACAUAUUCUUGAUUUAUCAUGUGGCCGACCAGCUUGUCAUGUACCGGUUCGAGUAGAAAAUUUCAUCAGUGAGGAAUGGAUACCAAUAUCAACAACAGCAAAAACGAAUGAUGAUGGUCGUGCAUUAGAUUUAGUUCCUACGGACAAAUGGCAACCAGGUCGAUGGCGUAUUAUAUUCGAUGUUGAAUCUUAUAUGGCUGAUGGAUUUUUUCCUUCUGUUACUAUUGAAUUUCGUACGACAGAUACAGCUCAUUAUCAUGUACCAUUGUUACUUAAUAAAUUUGGUUAUAGUACUUAUCGCGGAUCAUAA